GGUUCUACCGAGGUUUCUCUCCUAUUCCUCACCGCUCCCCUCUCCCUUCUCCCAUCCCCAAUCCAAUCCGAGCCUCGCCAUUGGAGCGCGAGCCCGGAGCGGAAUCCUAGCCGCGCAUGCCGCUCCUCCUCUACCCCUUCUCCGCCUGCGUGCCCCCGCCGCGGGCUCUUCUCCGCCGCCUUUCGCCGCCACCGCCCAUGGCGGCCGUCGCGCCGCCGCCCCCCGCCGUGACGAUUCUUCCCUCGGUGUCCACCCUCGACCUCCCGCCGCUCCCGCCCCCCGCCACUGACGACUUCCACUGGCUCGACCUCUUCGCGUUCCUCAACUCCCCCGCCGACUCCUACCAGAUCCCCCCGCAGGACGAGUUGGAGCUGGAGGCGUUGGAAUUGGAAUUGGAGCUGGAGCUGGAGAAGGAGUCUGAGAUGGAGAGGGCGAGGGCAAGGGAGCGGGCUAGGAAGGCGCAGCACCGGCGACUGAGGCAGCGGCAGGUGAAGGCGGAGACGGAGGCGUGGGCACGGGCGGCCGAGGAGUACCGCGAGAUCGAGCGGGAGAUGCUCGACCGCAGGCUCGCGCCCGCGCUGCCCUACGUCAAGUCGCUCUUCGUCGGCUGGUUCGAGCCGCUGCGGGACGCCAUCGCCAGGGACCAGGACGUGCAGCGCCGCAAGCGGGUCAAGCAUGUCUAUGCCAAGUACCUGCUCCUGCUGCCCGCUGACAAGGUGGCCGUCAUCGUCAUGCACAAGAUGAUGGGCCUGCUCAUGUCCAGCAAGGAUGGCAGCGGCAGUGUCCGCGUCGUCCAGGCCGCGCAUUGCAUCGGCGAGGCUGUCGAGCGCGAGUUCAAAGUCCAGGCAUUCUUUCAGGAAAGUAGGAAGAAAGGUAAGAGGAAAGAUCAAGGUGAAAAUGAUCCAGCAUUGGAGAAGGAGCAAGCCAUAUCCCAGAAACAUGUGAAGAGUUUAGUUAAGAGGCAGAAGUUGAGUGAAGCGCAGAAGCUGGUUCAGCAGGAGAUUGAAUUAGAGGAAUGGGGCACGGAAGCCCAAGUGAAGUUGGGAACUCGUCUGAUUGAAUUGUUACUGAACUCAGCAUUUGUGCAAUCACCAGCCAAUCAAUCGCCAGAUAGCUCUCCUGAUUUUCGACCCGCAUUUAAGCAUGUACUACGACAGCCUAUAGUGGAAAAUGGGAAGCUAAAGAAGAAACAUUGGGUGAUAGAGUGCGACCCUCUUGUGCAUGAGGGGUUUGAAAGCACUGCUAGACAUGUGGAUAUACCUUAUCUUCCUAUGCUGGUACCUCCUAAAAAAUGGAAGGGUUAUGAUAAGGGUGGCCACCUUUUUCUGCCCUCGUACAUUAUGCGGACACAUGGUGUGAAGGAUCAAAAGGAUGCUAUUAAGAGUGUGCCUAGAAAGCAGCUGCGAAGAGUAUUUGAGGCAUUAGAUAUCCUUGGGCGUACUAAAUGGAGGGUGAAUAGAAGAAUUCAUGAUGUUGUUGAGGCUAUUUGGAGUCGAGGCGGAGGCAUUGCAGGGCUGGUUGAUAAGGGAAAUAUUCCUCAACCUGAACGACCGGAGUCAGAGGAUCCAGAUGAAAUCCAGAAAUGGAAAUGGAGUUUGAAGAAGGCUAGGAAAACCAAUCGUGAACUGCAUGCUGAGCGAUGCGAUACUGAACUUAAACUCUCGGUUGCUCGCAAAAUGAGAGAGGAGGAUGGAUUUUAUUAUCCACAUAAUCUAGAUUUUCGUGGUCGUGCAUACCCUAUGCAUCCACAUCUGAGUCACCUAGGUUCAGAUCUAUGCCGAGGUCUUCUAGAGUAUGCUGAAGGGCGGCGACUAGGACAAUCCGGUUUAUGCUGGUUGAAGAUACAUUUGGCUAACAAAUAUGGUGGAGGCAUUGAAAAGUUCUCUCAUGAGGGCAAGCUAGCAUUUGUGGAGAAUCAAUUACCUGACAUAUUUGAUUCAGCUGCAAAUCCUGUUGAUGGAAACUGCUGGUGGAUGAAUGCUGAGGAUCCUUUUCAAUGUUUAGCUGCAUGCAUGGAUCUUUCUGAUGCCUUGGAAAGUUCAUCACCUUACCUUGCUGUCUCUCACCUGCCUAUUCAUCAGGAUGGUUCGUGCAAUGGUUUACAACACUACGCUGCUCUUGGAAGGGACUACAUGGGUGCGGCUGCUGUCAACCUGGUUCCUGGAGAGAAACCUGCAGAUAUCUACUCGGAAAUAGCUACAAGAGUACUGGAUGUUGUACGUGAAGACUCAAUGAAAGAUCCUGCUUCUAAUCCAACUGCUUCAUUAGCAAGAGUUUUAGCCGAUCAGGUGGAUAGGAAGCUUGUCAAGCAGACAGUCAUGACAUCAGUUUAUGGUGUCACAUAUAUUGGUGCUCGUCAGCAGAUUACUAAGAGACUACAAGAGAAAGGGCUGAUUACAGAUGACAAAUUGUUGUAUGAUGUAUCCUGUUAUGCUACUAGGGUAACUUUGGAUGCACUGGGACAAAUGUUCCAAUCUGCCCGUGGCAUAAUGGCGUGGCUUGGUGAUUGUGCCAAGAUGAUUGCUUCAAAAAAUCAACCAGUCAAGUGGACGAGUCCUGUUGGUCUUCCAGUUGUUCAGCCAUACAAGAAAUAUAAGAACUAUAUGAUACGAACUUCCUUGCAGUGUCUGGCUUUACGACGGGAGGGUGAUGCGAUCGCAAUCCAACGGCAAAAGGCAGCUUUUCCACCGAAUUUUGUUCACUCCCUCGAUAGUUCACAUAUGAUGAUGACAGCGAUUGCUUGCAAGGAGGCUGGUCUUCAUUUUGCAGGGGUGCAUGACUCAUUUUGGGUACACGCAUGUGAUGUUGAUCAAAUGAACCAGAUAUUGAGGGAACAAUUUGUGGAACUGUACAGCAUGCCAAUUCUUGAAAAUGUGCUGGAGGAGUUUCAAAUGUUGUUUCCAGCACUAGAAUUUCCACCCUGUCCGCCACAAGGGAACUUUGAUGUGAGGGAAGUUCUGACUUCGACAUACUUCUUCAACUAAACUUAACAGGGAAAGUUCUGAACAUGUAACGGUGUUGUUGGAUGUUUGGAGUAGCCAGAUCAUAACACCAUUCUUAAGCUGGAGCCCAGUGUAGAAUCUGAUACGGAACUGAUUCUCCAAGGGCUUUAGCAUAAGCAGCAAGAGAACAGCAGCAAAUGAAUGAUCUGGACUCCAGAGCAAGCUGAAUGGUUCCAAGGAAUCUGAGAUGAACAAGCCUCAAGCAGUUCCUGCUGAAGUUUUUAGGUUGAUGCAGGAUCUACUAGGAUGUUUUCAGGCUUCAGGUUAGUCACUGGCUUCCAUGACAAAGCAUGGCGUACUCAGCCCAGGAGUCACUUGGCUUGUGUGGAAAGGUAAAUUAUGGCAUGCCAGAUUCAACUACUGAAUACUGACUGAUAGUAGUCCUGAUCGUGCUGACCUCAUUGAUCAUAGGCAACAGUUGAACGUUAAGUUCGCUGUAUAUACGUGUACCAUUAUCUUUUGUUGUCUUAGGGCAUUAUAGUUGAUGAUUGCAUAAUGUUGCGGCAUCGCCCUGUAAUAAAAAUGUGCAAAAUACAAUAGCCAAAGAGAAAUGUAUACAAGAACCGAAUCGUAGUUGCUGUUGGCAGCAAGUUUUGAAAAGAGAUACACAUGAAAACGGUUUCAUCAGUUCACUAAUGUUUCACUCUUUUUAAUAGAGAUUGUGUGUCUUA